AUGUUCACCACUCGGUUGUUGGUCGGAGCUCUCGUGUCAGUUGGCCUAACGGCUUGUUCCUUUGCAUUCACCGAACAUGGUGCGAUCGUACAGAGCAUUGUGCAAGCACAGCACGAGUGUGUAACGUACCUGAACCUCCCAAAGCAUCGCUUAUAUCAGUACCUCAUGUACAACUAUUCAAACGAUGCCAAAACCAAGCAAAUGCUUCGCUGCGUCGGAUUGAUUCUGCAAUGGUGGAAGUCGGAUGGAACGCUAAACGAGCACGUGUUAGCACAGUACUUCAUGCCGGACACCAGUGACUCAGAUUUCUAUAAUCGAACGUACCGUUGCAUUGAGCGUAAAGCACCGGUAGAAGACGACCUGUGCAGCAGAGCGUUCGAGACGUUCCAGUGUUACCUGCAGCAGUACGGCGAACUGCUCAACUGUCCCAAGGUGGUACCGCUGAGCGACGAGCGACUCACCGAAACCAUGCACUUUUGUCUCGAUGUGCUGGACAUUCCGUUCUCGGACUUUGAGCAGUGGACUUCAUCCAGCGAGCUGUUUCUGCACACCGAACCAGCUCGUUGCCUGUUGCGAUGCUUCACCAUCCGGGCAGGACUUUAUUCGGACCAGCACGGACCAUUUGCGGAUCGGUUUAAGCUACAGUUCGGUGCACCCAAACCGGACGUAUUCGACAACGAGCUCGAGGGAGACUACUGUGUCGCACGAUUGCGCCGGGAAGGACAUGACGCAUGCUCGCUGGCGGCACGAUCUCUUUACGAGUGUUACUACUUUGCCGACACCCUGCUGCCUACUUUCGAGCGAAUAUUGCCCCUACUGCGACUCGUGCUGCACCAACCUGAAGUGGAGACACCCGAAAUGGAGUAA